CCGCAUUGUUCCCCUCCAGCUCUCUCUCCCUCUCUCGACACUGCCCAUCGUAGAACGCCGCCUACAGCCGCCGCCACCGCCAUGCUCCUAUCCACUUCUCCCCUUUCAUCUCCUGUCGCCGAGAUCGUUGCCGCCGCACUGCUCUCCCGUCGAGCUCGCCCCUCGCCGUUGCUGGGAGGAGACGGUUGACCGUUUGAUCGACGCCGACGAGUUUGGUGGGCACCGGGUCCUUCUACACUAUCACCGGCGCCGCCUCCUCGUGAGACCCCCACCAUGCUACUGUUAGCGCACACGUGACGAUGGUACUCUAUGGUGAUGUAGGAUCUGUGGUGAUGUAGAAGGGCAGCAAGGCAGCAGCCUCAACGCCACAGGUAACCGCUGAGGAUGUUUAAAAAGGACACCACCAAUAGCAGAGCACUCUAUUGCUGCAAUUAUAUGCAGCGUGGUGUAUGAUGUUGUUGGGUUGUUGACAUGGCCCGUGGUCCAGUUGCGGCUCAUACUCAAGGCACGGUCGAGGCUGCUGUUGGGUUGGUACGUGGUCGUGGCCGUGGCCGUGGGUGUUCUGCUAGUCGUCGUGGACGAGCCACUGGCCGUGGAGGUUCUAAUAUAGGGCGUGCCCCUGUUUCUGAUCAUGUCGCUGCUUGCCGGGUGCCUGACGCUGGAGCUGAGCCUCUUGACAGGCGUAGGGGUGUGAGUCGGCGGGUGCCUGCUGCUGGAGCUCAGCCUAUCGCCAGGCGUGGGCGUGGCGCUCGGCAGGUGCCUGCCGCUGGGCGUGGCGCCAUGCCUCGGCCAAGUGGUAGGGGUGUUCGUGGCCAUGUCCCUGGUCGUGGUGCUGAUUCUGGGAAUGCAGCCGCUGCUGUUGUCCCUGGUCGGGUUGCUGAUCCUGGGUUCACCGCCUCUCCUAGGCGUGCGGUGGUCCCUGGGAUUGCUAUAUGUUACGUGCCACAUCAGCCUGUUGGGUGUCCUCCUCGAAGCCGUACAAGUGAUGGCUGGUUCCCUUUUCUGAGCUCGACCGUGGCUGCGGUAAAUCGUAGAAAACAGAAAAUGUGCGUUGAGUUUCGGCGCGCUCGAUAUGAAGAACAUGUCGUUGAUGGGCCUUUGCCGAAGGAUUGGCAUGGUUUCUCGGUUUAUGUGAGUUCGGAGGUGACUGGGGUAGACUGCAACAGAUGGAAAAGAUGGAAAGUGUCGAUUAAAUUGCAACGUCCUGGAUGUGAAGAGAUUGUUGUCCAAGGGCCUGUGCCGAAGGAUUGGCAAGGUUUCUCGGUCAAGUUUGCCGAGUCCCUUAAAGCUUGCUAUGCAGAUAGGCCGUACUACGGCCCUCCGGAUUUCUUGUGCCAAUACUGUGGUGCCUCCUUAUGGUUUGCUGAGUGUUCAAAGUCUAGGUCAUCCUGGACACAACGUAAGAUGGUUUAUAAUCGCUAUUGUAAAGGCGCUAAGGUAUAUAUUCCUCCCUUUAAGAAUCCCCCGGCCUAUCUUCGUGAGCUCCUUCGAUUCGAUGGUACUUCUCGUGCUAAAAAUUCAUCCAGACUAUACGUGAGUACAACUGUAUGUUCGCUUUCACUUCGAUUGGUGCUACUAUUGAACGCUCGUUUGGUGGCAGUCGUGGACCUAAGAUUUUUAAGAUCAGUGGUCAAGUGUCUCAUCGUAUUGGUUCGUUGGUGCCUAGCAGUGAUGAUACACCUAAGUGUGCUGAGUUGUGUAUACAUGACGCAGCUAAUGAGAUUAGACAUAGGAUGAAUGCCUUAAAUCCAGAUGACAAGCCUACUGGGGGUGUGGAUGAGAGUAUUGUGGUUGGUCUUAGAGACAUGCUUAAUGAGUUUAACCCAUUGGUACAAACCUUUCGGGAGGCGAGUAAGAUGAUAGAGGAUCGUGGUGAUGAACCCAUCGAGGAUAUCUCGAUUCGUAUUAUUGGACCUUCGGAGGGUGAUAGUCCACGGUUUAGUUUGCCUACAACCACUGGGCUUGCUGCUUUAGUUGUCGGUGGUGGCUUCACGUUAGAGGCAUCUUCUCGGGAUAUUGUUGUUUGCAGUCGUUCCGACGGUUUGCAGCAGUUAUCUUCUCUGAACACUGCAUUCAUGCCUCUGCAAUACUCGUUGCUUUUCCCUUAUGGAGAGAGAGGGUUCCAGGUGGAUGUUCCUCACUUGAUUGUUCCUGAAGAAGAUGAUGACGAUGGACCUAUAGAUCCUAAUCCUGCACCUGGAAGUCCGACCGUUGAGGCGUCCUCUUCAUACCCUUCUGGGGGUGGUGAUGCUUCCACAAAUAGUCAGAAUAGGAUGACCAUGCAGGAUUACUAUCGUUUUAUGUUCCAUUACAAGGGUGAUCAGCCCAAUCCAUAUAUAUGUUAUGGUCUCCUCUCCUCCCAGUCGGUUGUUGAUGCACGUGCGUGCAUCGAUGAAAGUAGACUGUGGUAUAUCAUAAGAAAUCAGGACAUGCUUAGAUCAGAGCACAUGCAGGGUAUUACUGAUGCGGUAGGUGAUGGGUGUGUUGAUGGUGAUGCUCUUGGGAAGAGGACCAUUGUACCUUCCAGUCACAUAGGCGGUCGUUGUUACUUCCAUGAAAAUUUCCAUGAUGGCCUUGCCGUUUGUCAGGUGCACGGUGCGCCUGACAUAUUUACCACUUUCACUUGCAAUCCCAAGUGGCCUGAGAUCACAAGUGCAUUGGAACCAGGUCAGACGCCUUCUGAUAGGGCGGAUAUUGUUGUUAGGGUCUAUCACAUGAAGCUCAUCGAGUACUUGGACGAGAUUAAGUGAGGCCGGGCUUUUGGCCCCAUUACGGCUGUGUUUUAUACCGUUGAGUUCCAGAAGUGGGGACUGCCUCACGUGCAUAUACUUGUCUGGUGGAGAGGGGGUAACGAUGGCGAUGACUGAUCUAUAGGCUCUUCUUGUGGGGAACAAGAACCUGACCAUCCGUGUGUAUGUUUCGCGUCUGUAGCAGCAUUGUGGAUCCACUGAUAACGGUCCUAUCAAACACACUGACAUGGUCCUUUUGGAUGUGCAGGUCUAACAUCUAUGAUGAGAUUGGUAAGAAGCUCGUGCCUAAGUUCAAUUGAGACAACCACAUCCAUGUUGUUUCUUGGCAUGGGCAACCACAUCUAUGCUGAUAUUGGCUCCUGGGCUCCUUUAUAGGUCUCUUGCUGUGAAGCUUGUGGUUGGCAUGCAUUUCAAGCAUUUAAUUGUUAUGAGGGUGGAGUUGGAGAAGGUGGGGCGUUAGAGCGGAGCCUAUUGCAGCGUCCAUGACCUCCUCGGGCAUGGCCAAUCCCGACAGGUUGACCAGGUUGCGGGGUUUGGUUAGCAGUGUGUGUGGCUAGUGGUUGGAGCACACUGAAGUGGAGGAGCAGUGUUGUUGUCGACCAUGGAUUCAGGUUGAGAUCAGCCACUGAUGACACGAGUCUUCUACCCUGCUCCUGUGAAGGUUUCUUUUUCUAAAAUUACAUCAAGUCUCAAGGAAUGAGAUGGAAGCGUUGUUCAGGCUCUAUGAGAAGGUGAACUGCUCUAUCAAUGACGAUGAACUCAUCCAAUUGCACUUUAUUGGUAAAAAAUUUACCAUCCGAGGAUACAUCCAAAUUACAGGAUUAGAACAAAAAGAAGAAACUACAGCAUCACAUAACUGCAACAAAGAAGGUAAUGCAUGAGAUGGAACAUGGUCGUAUUAUGGAAGCGAAGAACAGAAUCCCUGAUGUUCCACGGAGUGUUUUCAGUUAAAGGUAAAAAAAGGAAAAAGGAAGUCUGGAGCUCUCUUGGUUGUACAACAAAGAGGGGUUACUUCACAUACUCAUCAGCAGUGAGGCUAAUAUAAUCUCUAAUCAAGUGAAAAAGCAAGGGCGCAUCCUUAGAUUUCUAUUGGAAGACUUCUAUUUCUCUCAUUCCAGAUGUGCUAGCAUGUGCAAGCAGUGAGAGUGUACUUUUUAUUGAUAUGAAUCUUCAGGCUUCAUUUUGAAAUUUUGGGCCACGAACGCUUGAUCGCAAAAGUAACAGAUAUCAUGAAAUUGCGGUGGCCAUCCGCGGAUCUUCUGUUCCUGGUUUGCUUUGUCGAGUGUCCCGGGCAAGAGGACCAAGUGUGGGCGGGUAGGUAUCGGCAAGGCGGGCUGUCAGCACGGUGUUGGAGUUGGUCGGUAGUGGUGCACCUACGCCGUGUAUGGAUCAAUACUGUAGGAGGUUCCAUUGAGGCCCAGUCUAUCCAGGCACAAAACAGAGACAUCUGAAAGCAGGACAGACGUCACUCAUGGAUGCAAUUGAACCAAGCUAUGGCAUCGUAGUUUUAUCUCUAUUGCCACGGUUGGCUUUUGCUCUCUUGUGUUCCUGCUCAUGUUACUAAACUUAAUGUUAGCUAAUUAGCUUUUGUAAUCGUGUGACCGUGCUGAAUUGGAUGUUGCCUUGCUUCCGCGACGGGUUAGCUUUUAUAAUCUCAUGACCAUGUUGAACUUGAUGAUGUUACACUUCUCGAUAAUUGGUUGUUUUGUUACA